AUGGAGCGGGCGUCAUCCACGGGAAUCGUGAAUAAGACGAUGACAUCGCCCACUUCCACAGGAACAGCAGUGGUGGCAUCAGCAGCGCCUGGGACGAUGGGGGAGCCGAACAGUUUCAACGUGGAUGAGCUGAUUCAGUACGUUUUGCAGGGUAAGCCAAUGAGGGAGCCGCAGGUGGCGCAGUUAUGCCAGAAAGCCAAGGAGGUGCUGGAGAAGGAGGGUAAUGUUCACACCGUGCGUGCGCCCGUCACCGUGUGCGGCGACAUCCAUGGCCAGUUUCAUGACCUGCUGGAGCUGCUGAAGAUUGGGGGUCUCCCACCGGACACGAAUUACCUGUUCAUGGGGGAUUAUGUCGACCGCGGCUACUACAGUGUGGAGACCGUCACCCUGUUGUUGCUUUUUAAGAUACGAUACCCGGAGCGGGUGCAGAUUCUGCGCGGCAACCACGAGUCUCGUCAGAUCACGCAGGUAUACGGGUUUUAUGAUGAAUGUGUGCGCAAGUAUGGCAGCGCUAAUGUGUGGAAACUGCUGACCGAUCUCUUUGACUACCUGCCACUGGCGGCGGUGGUGGAAAACGAGAUCUUCUGCCUCCACGGCGGCCUCUCGCCUACGCUGGAUAGUCUGGCGCACAUUCGUAGCUUAGAGCGCGUGCAGGAGGUGCCACACGAGGGUCCCAUGUGUGACUUGCUGUGGUCGGACCCGGAGGACCGUGACGGCUGGGGCAUCAGCCCACGUGGCGCCGGCUUUACCUUUGGCGCCGACAUUUCCGAGCAGUUUUGCCACAACAACGGACUAAAGAUGAUUGCGCGGGCGCAUCAGUUGGUGACAGACGGCUACAGCUGGGCUCAUAAUGAGCGCCUCGUGACGAUAUUUAGCGCGCCGAAUUAUUGCUACCGUUGCGGCAACCUUGCAGGGCUGCUGGAACUCGACGAGCACAUGAAUAAGUGCUUUUUUCAGUUUGAUCCUGCUCCGCGACGAGGCGAGGCACAGGUGUCGAAGAAGACCCCCGACUACUUUCUCUAA